CUCGAGACGGCAAAGAAGUGGUGCCAGCCACAGGGGCAGGCACGCGGGCCCUGGAUCAGGGGUGUUCCGCUACCCCUGCCGGUCUGGGCCCAAUACGAGUCACCAGCCCUGACCGUCUCCACGGUCGAACAGUAUGAGGAAUUAGCAGGAAGCGUUGAACUUGAAACUCAACGUUUAUUGCGCGAGCAUCGCUAUGAUACUAUUGGCAAUUUCCUCAGAUUCUACACGGAGUACAAAAGAAGUGGAGUAAACGCGCUUGAUCAAUUCUAUCCCAAGUAUCAGCCACUGAUAACGCACGAACACCAUACUUGCGUCGGUCUUGGAUUUGAAUUACUAUAUCGAUUAACAGGUUUGGACAAACGAUUCCCAGGAAUAGCAAGUGGCCUCUAUUUAGUAUCUUGUGAAGAGACGAUUGGUGAUAUCGCCGGCUACGUUGGUGGUCCACCAGCAGCAGACAGUGGUGAGAAAGAACAUGUACUGGUAUGUUUGAGAAUCGAAAUCGAUAAACGUCGUGGCGUCAUGCUGCUAGAUCCCGGUUACCAUGUGGCGCGUGUUAUUACUGUAAUGGCCGAUAAGUUAUACCCUCAUACAGGCUGGUUUACCCAGUCUGAUGAACCGACCUGCAAGAAAGAGUACAACUAUUGUCUGUGCGCUAACGAUUCCGAUUAUGUCGAGUGGCAUGAGAGACAAACUCGACCUGGUGCCUUGGAGAGGACGCAAGUCGCUCUCAUUUACGUGGCAAGGCCAUAUUUAACUGCCAUUGAUGUUACUGAGCGUAGAAACUUGGUCUACAAUCGCAGGAGUCUAAUUGCCAGAGAUACCAAGGGCCACAUUAUCGCUGGUAUAUAUUUCUCCGUUACACUGGACGUGAACAACGCACACAACUUCACAGUUUUUUAUCAGACAGAAAAUGGGAAGAAGCGAGUCAAGAUGGCGUUCAAUAAGUUCCGUAGUUCGUCCAAGAUAAUUCUCAAUGCCGAGGAAGUGGAAGUGAUAAGGGAAUGCGCCCGACAGCUUGACAUUUCGAUGGAUACCUUGAAGAACAUGAUAUCCGCGUUAUCUACGGUUUUGAGCGAUUCGUCAUUCGUGGCGCAAGUAUUGGCCAUUAAUUCAAGAAUAAACACUCUGGCGGAAGCAAAUUGACAGGAAGAAGUUACUCCAUCCGAUACAGCUUCGGCGCAACAUUACGUUUUAUUCUUUCUUUUCUUGGCUUUUAUUUUGCGUUCUUUUACUAAAUGACAUACAUAUAAAUCUUUGUUUAUUCUUUUAUCUUUUGUAGCUGUGCUUUGUGUUGUUACACAUAUAUAUUCGUAUAUUGGUAAUUAGACGUGAUGAAUCGCGUAUUUUUGUAUGAUUCACAACUUAAACGUCAUGCAAAAUACAUAAUUCAGGGCAACGGAAACACACAUAGUUGUGUUUUUAUACUCAUAAAAAUAAAAAUAAAAAAUUCUCUCGCUUACAAUAUCGCAGUUUUAUGAAAUUGGACAAAAGUAUUUUAAAGCUAGCGUCAGACUUAAGCGCGUAUUUGCAAUUUGUAUGAAAUUCAUGAAUGCUGGGAGGCAAAAUUAUAUCGAUCAUUCGAACUGAUUCGCAAUUUCAGAUUUGCGAAUUUUGAAACUAAGUACGCGAAUGAUCAAUUCGUUUCGCGUUGUAUUCUGUCUCGAGUUAUGCUUGUACACUGUUGAAUAUUGGCGAAGCAAUACAACAAGUCAAAUUCCUUUCACAUGUAAUGAAUUACAUGCGACAAACUGCGAAUCCCGAAUAAUCUGACGCGAAGUUUUUAAACAGAUCCACAAGUUUUAAUAAAAACAUGAUUUUAAAAUGUCUAAUUUUAUAUUCGCUUUAUAUUUAGACUGUGCACUUGACAAACCUAAUAAAGCUGAUUUUAUAUUUGCGAUGCCUACAAGAUUUGUAUUAUUACUUUGCUGUGUAGAGUUUAUAGAGAAUUUUGAAUAUAAGCUUUACGUUA